AUGCCCUCUCAUGCGUUGCACUCGCCCAAUCUCUCCAGAGCAGAGCUUUGUCGCUACUACAGAUCGCCCGUUCGCCGCCGCCAUCCCCACUCGUUGGUGGAGCUCACAGAGCACGAUCCCGCCCUGGUCAGGUAUCUCGCGGCUCCUCUUGAACCUGCUCUCGUCGUAGAGCUCAUCAAGGCUGUGAGAGAUAUGAUCAAAGUCCCGGAGCAGGAAGUUCUCCCCACGCCGCCCUCGACGCCGCUCAAGUCGCUCUCCAAGCAACAGCAAGAGGAGGAGGGAGUACAGGAUCCAAACGCGAAUAGCGAUUAUCGCGCGGGAUGGCCGCCAGUGUUGAACCCGCAGUGGCUCCCUCUCGAACAGCAUGACGUGCACCAGACAUCGAAUCAUACUUGCCGCUAUCAUCGUCGCGUCAAAGUAUCUCAACGACCAGACGCCAAAAAUAAGCACUGGGCAGUUCACUCCCGCGGCCUCUUCGCGACUUGCGAGAUUACGCUCAUGGAGAAGCAGGUCCUCAGCAUCAUCGACUUUGAUCUGAGCUUCACCGAGGAGCAGCUCAUCCAGCGCAUGUUUCCGCUUCUCCACCCUCGCUCCGCCGGAUCCUCUACGAAACAGCCUCCGACGCUCAACGUUCCCAGUCAGCCUCUUACGCCUCUUACGCCCAUCGCGCUUUCAAAUGCCGCCAAAGGCACUCCAGUUUCCGAGUCCAAGAUCAAAGAGGUGGUUCCUCGCGACUUUGUCCUGCAGCCAGUCCCUGCUUUCAAGAAGCGUGGAGAGAAGCACCAAGUGGCCCGCAAGACUACGACAGAGUCCUCGUCAAUGACAUUCUCGACGUCUCAGUCGGCCCCUUCGCACCUCGUCAACACUGCCCACGACCAAGCCACUACCGCGUCCUCUACUUUGGCUCUUCCAGAGAUUCGCGUCGCUGGAGUCAAGGGUAGCACCUCUAUGUCGCUUGGUCGCAGCUUCUCUAGCGACGGUUUGCUCGAAGGUGCCGGCGUCGUGACCAUGAGCGUUGCUCGCACCUUUUCGAGCACGGUGAGCUCUUCCAUGACCGCGAGCAGCUCCAUCUCUGCCAGCACGAGCACGAGCAACUCUGAGGUUUCGACUCCUCCGGAUUCGUCUGCAGCCUAUGACCAUGUAGUCAAGCCUCCACCCAUGCACCGUCGUGACUCUGACUCUGCCAUUCAUCCAACGACGUCUGGGCAAAUCUUUCUUUCCGAACAUGGGGGUGGCUCUCGUCUCAUGAGCAAGAUCCUUGGUGUUGGCAAGACGCUCUCAUCCGCUCGUCGCGUUGGACAUGGAAUCAAGGGAGACAGAAAGGUUUCGACUGCAACUAUUGUUCCCGACGAGGUGCACAUUGAGCACUGA